AUCAACAGAGAAACCUCAAACUAGGUUCAAAAAAUCAAUGGAUUCAACUAUGGUAGCUGAAAAAUGUUUUCUCAUUUUCUUCCUUUUGAUGAUAAUCCAUUUUGCGCUUUGUGCUUCUAUGGACACCAUAGCCAUAAAUCAAACUAUUGAAGAUGGCAGCCUUCUAAUCUCCAAAGAAAACAAUUUUGCACUUGGAUUUUUCAGUCCUGGCAAUUCCAAGUAUAGAUAUCUUGGAAUCUGGUAUUAUAAAGUACGAGAGCAAACUAUCGUAUGGGUAGCAAACAGAAAUCAUCCUAUCAAUGGCUCUACAGGAGUUCUUUCAGUAAAUCAUUUUGGAAAUCUCGUUCUCUACAGCAGCGGUAGCCAAAAAGUUCUAGUAUGGUCUGCAAAUGUCUCUCGGGAAGUAACAAAGACAAACACUUGCUGUGUAGCUCAGCUCAUGGAUUCAGGAAACUUGAUUUUGGUCCAACAAAGAAGUAGAAGAGUUGUGUGGGAAAGCUUUGAUCAUCCUACAGAUACUCUCCUACCAGGAAUGAAACUUGGGUUGAAUAGAGAGACAGGGAUUCACCGAUUCUUAACAUCAUGGAGAUCAACAGAUGACCCUGGAACUGGAGACUACGUGCUUGAGCUCAAUCUAAAAGGAUCACCUCAGGGCAUUCUAUACAAGGGUACAAAGCGAUAUUGGAGAGGUGUCCCAUGGCCAGUAAAAAGUUAUAUUAAUGGAAGGAACUUCAGUUUUGUCGAUAGCCAAAAAGAGACAUUUGUAACCUAUUUUCCUGCUGAUGUUUCUGUUAUACUGAGAACAAAGUUGGAUUAUUCAGGAUUGAUUAUACAUUUAACAUGGCAUGAAACUGAAGGAAAAUGGAAAGAAUUAUGGUCAGCUCCAAAUAAGUAUCAAUGUCAGACAUAUGGCCAUUGUGGUACUUAUAGCAAGUGUAAUCCUUCAUAUCUUUAUCGCAAAUUUGAAUGUGAUUGCUUACCUGGGUACGAGCCUCAAUCUCCAAGGGCCUGGAAUAUUUUGAAGGAUGGGUCAGGUGGGUGUGUUCGAAAGCGAAAAGAAUCAUCUUCUUUGUGUAAUCAAGGAGAAGGAUUUGUGAAAGUGGCAACUGUUAAGGUACCUGAUACUUCAGAAGCAGUUUGGUUGGGCUUGAAUAUGAGUCUUUUGGAUUGUGAAUUGGAAUGCAAGAAGAAUUGUACAUGUUAUGCAUAUUCAAGCACUUCUAUUUCUGGAAAAGAACCUGGGUGCUUGGCAUGGUAUGGUGAAUUAAUGGACACUGUAAUUAAUGUGGAAGAAGGAAGUGACAUCUAUGUUCGUGUUGACGCCCUCGAAUUAGCUGAAAUUACACAAAAAUCAAAUGGAUUUUUGGAGAAGAAGCAUUUGUUGGCUAUUUUCUUGGUAUCUAUUUUUUUAGCUUGGUUCGUAAUCAUUUUAUUUGUGUAUUUGUGGUUCAAGAAGAAAGGAAAAAGAGUGAGGAAUGCAAAAUUGCUUAAUACAAUCAAAGCAAAUGAAGAUAGAGGUGGAGUGAGUAAUCCAGAGAUUGCAUUUUUCAAUCUCAAUAUAAUACUUGCAGCGACUGACAAUUUCUCUCCGGCUAACAAACUAGGCCAAGGUGGUUUCGGAUUGGUUUAUAAGGGUCAAUUGUCUAAUGGCCAGGAGAUCGCUGUGAAAAGACUAUCUAAAACUUCGGAGCAAGGAAUAGAAGAAUUUAAAAAUGAAGUUUUGUUAAUUGCAAAACUUCAACAUCAAAAUUUGGUGAAACUUAUAGGAUGUUGCAUUCAGAGAGAGGAAUCAAUACUAGUUUAUGAAUACAUGCCAAACAAAAGUUUGGACUCGUUUAUUUUCGAUGAAACAAGAAGGUCAAUUUUAGAUUGGAGAAAACGCUUUGAUAUUAUCGUCGGGAUUGCUCGUGGAAUCUUAUAUAUUCAUCAAGAUUCUAGAUUAAGAAUUAUUCAUAGAGAUUUGAAAACAAGCAACAUCUUAUUGGAUAAAGAAAUGAAUCCAAAAAUUUCAGAUUUUGGCCUAGCUAGAAUCUUCAAAGGUGAUCAAACUCAAGAAAAGACAAACAAAAUUGUCGGAACAUUAGGGUACAUGUCACCAGAAUAUGCGGUAUUUGGAAAGUUUUCAACAAAAUCUGAUGUCUUUAGUUUUGGGAUCAUAUUAUUAGAGAUCGUUACGGGAAAAAAGAACAAUAGCUCUUGUCAAGGGGAUUCUUACCUAAGCAUGGCAGGAAAAGUGUGGCAUUUAUGGACAGAAGAAAGAGCAUUAGAGAUUGUUGAUUCAUCAAUGCAAGAGUCUUGUUCUGCUCAUGAAGUAUUGAGAUGCAUUCAAAUUGGGCUCUUGUGUGUGCAAGAAGAUGCAUUGAAAAGACCAAGCAUGUCAGCUGUUGUUGUAAUGUUGAAUAGUGAAAUUAGUCUUCCUUCUCCUAAACAACCCCCUUUCAUUUUUAGAAAACCGAUUACUAGUUAUAACUCAGCAAUAACGAAAAAUGAAUUUUAUUCUGUAGAUGAGGAAACAAUUACUGAGUUGGUAUGUCGUUGAAUAAUCAAUAUAUCAUCAAUUACAUAAAUUUUUAGUAUAGGGAUCUAUGAUAUUUAGUAGUAA